CACAGCCACGGAGGAGCACAGAAUAAAUCUGCGUUUUCGGCAUGUCUGUUUUCGGAUGGCUGAUCGUUCUUUCUCUCCUAUUCCUCUGGUUCUGGAAGAGCCAAUGCCCCAAAGGUUUCCCCCCUGAGCCAUGGAGGCUGCCCCUGCUUGGGAAUCUGCUUUAUUUCAUUCAGAGGGAGCCUCUCAAGAAGUUGGAUCAGCUAGGAAAAAAAUAUGGUCCUAUCUUCAGUCUUUAUCUUGGAAGGACCCCUCUGGUCUUGACUUAUGCGUUUCCUUCAGCCAAGGAGGUUCUCGUGGUACAAGGCAUAGAAUUUGCUGGGAGAGCAUCAUUUCCUAUAAUGGAUGCCAUCACUAGUAAGAAAGGUAUCCUGACAUUAAGAUAUGGUGAAAUAUGGAAAGAGCAAAGAAGGUUUUCACUGAUGCUCCUCAGAAACUUUGGAAUGGGCAAAAAAUCAAUGGAAGAAAAGAUCCUGGAGGAGGCAUCAUAUUUGAUUCAAGUGUUUACAGAAAACAUAAUGUUCAUUUUUUCUGUUUGCUGGCAGCUUUACAAUGAGAUGCCCUUGGUGAGAAGCCUUCCCCUGCCCCACCAGACAAUACUCGCCACCGGAAAGAAAGUAGAUGUUUUUAUUAAAAAGGAGGUGGCAGAGCACAAGGCGACCAUGACUCCCGGAGAACCGCGAGAUUUCACCGAUGCGUAUUUAGAAGAAAUGCAGAAGCCAGAGAGGAUUGGUUCAAGCUUUGAAGAAGGACAGCUAGAAAUCUUACUGUCUGAUCAUCUUGUGGCUGGAGCAGAGACAACGUCAGGAACACUGCAGUGGGGGUUGCUGUAUUUGAUGGCCUUUCCAGAGAUCCAAGAGAAAUGCUGGAAGGAAAUAGACACGGUGGUGGGAAGCAAGGCAAUCUUGAAGUACGAAGACAGGGAAAAGUUGCCCUACACCAACGCCGUCAUUCAUGAAAUCCAACGCGUUUCAAAUGUUGUUCCUCUUGGAAUUCCCCAUGCCCCCAUUAAAGAUGCGCAACUUUUUGGAUAUAAAAUUCCCAAGGACACUGUGGUUUUUGUCAAUAUCCAGUCUGCCCAUCAUGAUGAAUCCCAGUGGAAGUUCCCCAAUGAGUUCAACCCCUCCAACUUCCUGAAUGAAGAGGGAGAGUUUGUGAAGCCAGAAGCCUUUUUGGCAUUUUCAGCAGGACCGAGAGUCUGCUUAGGAGAAAACCUUGCUCGGAUGGAGCUUUUCUUCUUCUUCACCAGCAUUCUCAGGAAUUUCCAGCUAUUGUGGCCAGAUAAAUCCCAAGCUCCAGAUUUCACACCACACUUUGCAAUUACUCAAUUCCCAUCCCACUUUAAGAUGCUGCUGAAAUGUCGCCAGUCCUGUGAAUAGAAUCCUUUAUUCGUUAUUGGCCAAGCGGGAUUGCCCGUGCGCGCGCACACACACACAGACACACACACACACACAGACACACAAACACAGAAUUUGUCUUCGGUGCAUAAGCUCUCAGUCUACAUAAAAGUUAAAAGUUAAAUAAAUCAUGAUCAUAGUCAUCAUAAAAAUACAUUCCUCAUAGUCAUAAGACACAACAUGAUCACAACAUGACCUCGUAGAUGACCCCCACUCUGUCAAGGACCUGGGAGUACUCAUCUCAAAUGAUCAAAGUGCCAGAGCUCACUGUAACAGCAUUG